AUUAGUGAAUGUAGCAUCAAUAUUGUUGGUCUCCAUUCUGUAGGUGUCUGCAAUCAUUCGGAAGUAUUCGGAUAACUUCGGGUUUCAACGAGAAAACGCCUCAGAAAUCCCGUCGACCAGAGCCGCACCCCCACCACGUCUGGUCAGAGACUCGGAGCACAACCCUGAGAACGUUCAUGCAGAACGGACGUUCGGUCCUAUCAUAUUGUUGUCUUCUUCCUCUCCUAACUAUUAUAUAAGCAACAAUGCGCGUACCACGAUUGAAGUUUUUCUGUUGCUGCUGCUCAUUGUCCUUAGGGACUAAAAUAAUCGGAUGGUUGAAUGUGAUUGUUGCUGUUUUAAUAAUACUUGUUUCAUUAGAGCGCAUAAUAAAUGGCCACCUAGAAAUCUUAGAAGCUCUUAGAAUCGCCGUCUGGGAUACUAUAGUACAAGGCUUCAUCUCUCUCACACUUUCUAUUUUACUCCUGAAGGGAGCUUAUGAGAGGAAGCCAAAAUACGUCAAAGUGUGGGUGUAUUUCUCGGUUGUAAUGUUGCUGAUAAUCUGCGUCCCUGUUAUAUUGAAAAGAUACUACGACGUUGACAUCCUUAUUACGCUCCUUAGCGAUGAUAAGUAUUUAUAUGUUUUAAAAUUUCAAUUGACGUUGAAUUUAUACUUCACUUGGAUAGUCUACAGUUUCUACAGGGAGCUGAUCCAGGAUCCAAACCGUUGCUAGAGAGUGCCGAAAGUUAAAUGAAACCAUGUAUUUGUAUAUACAUCACCAAUAAACGUUACAACUAUAUCUGACCUGAGAGCUUACGAUGUAAUUUAAGAAUAAUAAAAGUAGUGAGAGUUAAACUAUAUUUACUAGUGUGUGUCAUAAAAUCAAUAUGUAGUAUUUUCAACGAAUAUUUAGUUGUAAUUAAAUACUUUUAGUACUAUUUUUACGGUUUUUGUGUAUAUUAUCGUAUUAGGUAGUACAUCACAGUCUAAAAUGAAAGUAUUUUAUAAUAGUAAGCUCAAUAUUAAGUUAUAUAAUGUAAUAUUUUCUGUAAAUAAUAUAAUAAGGAAUAGCUUUAGCUCUGUAAAACUUCAAAUAUACAACUUUCUCUGUAACAUUGGAAUGAAUAGCUCCAACAAUUUCAAUAACUCUUGAACUAUUAUUUAGGCCAGAGUGGAGAAAUUCUGUAUGAAUCUUAGUGAAAGAACUUACGAUUUAAUAUAAUUUUGAAUUGGGAGUACAAAUGUUUAUGAUACAUAUUAUUUUACAAUUCAUUGUUAUGAGUUCAAAAGUCAAACGGAAUUACCUCUGGCUUUUAUUUCGGUUUUAUCCAAUGAAGAAUCAUUACUUUUUCGAAUAAAUUCACUUUCACACGCCAUAGUACAAUUUGGUUUUUUGCCAUGAUCAACAGUAUAUAUACAUACCUGUGUAGGAAGCUUAAUUUUAUCAAAAAAGUGUCUAAUUUCUGACCUUGUACUAUAAUAUGUAUUGGUUUGCUCCAGUACAAAACAAUAUAUAUAUAUAUAUAUAUAUAUAUAUAUAUAUAUAUAUAUAUAUAUAUAUAUAUAUCAGUCUAAAAAUCUACUUCGGCCAAAAAACCAUUGCACUCUACUUCUUGUCUAUAGUACUACUGGUGUUGAUGUAUAGUACUCAAAGUAAUUUAAAUUAAAUUAACUCAACUAAUUAUCAUAAAUUCUUUAUAUUAUAAUAUAACAUUGGUUUAUCAAUAAAUAAUUAUAAACUAGACUAAAUCUAUGUUCCCAUAAGAAGUAAAACCAGUCGUUCCCAACGACCCACGCCACAGCAUUACCUUGUUUGCGGGCAGAGGGUCACUUAAUCCACUAGUUCAGCCGCCACACUCUUCUAAGCCUGUAUUCAUGGCAAUCUUUUACUAUUUUAGCAUUCCAGUUAAGUUAUUUUAAUGCUAAUCUAUGGAUAAUAAUGUAUAUAGAAAAUACCUAUUAUUAUAAUUUACUAAUACUUAUAUUAGUAGUAGUAUUCAUAAAUGCUAUUAUAAUAUGAUAUAUUGUCUCCAUCAAUACCUUUAUAAUACUUAUAUUACAAUUUGAUAAGCUAUGAGUAAAGUAUGAGUGAUUUCAUAUGUAACCAAAUAUUUGGUGAAUACAUGUCGUUGAUAGUGAUUUGUAUGGUUAAUAACGAGUCGAUAAAACUGUAUUGAAGUUGCGAAAACGUUGUUAGACUUUCUUGUACUUUUUUACAAAUUUAAAUUUAAUAAACUCCUUAAAAUCUUA